CGGUGUGGCAAAUAUCAAAUCGUUGCGCAUCGCCUUUUGGCCACAAAGCGUCUUGAUGAGUUUAAUUAAAGCGAAAGGGAAAGACGGGGUUGAGCCACACACAGCCCAGCAGAGAGAGAGGUCGUUCCUGCGGAGGUAACCAUGGCAAUGACGGGCCAGAGUUCCUGCUCCUCAAUGAGUAACCACACCAAGGAGCGUGUGACCAUGGCCAAAGUAACCCUGGAGAACUUCUACAGCAACCUCAUCGCCCAACACGAGGAGAGAGAAAUGAGGCAACAAAAGUUGGAGAAGCUGAUGGACCAAGAGGGCUUGGCGGAUGAAGAGAAGCGUAUCCGACGUUCUCAGCACGCCAGGAAAGAGACAGACUUCCUGCGUCUCAAACGAACCCGCCUGGGGCUGGAGGACUUUGAGUCCCUCAAGGUGAUUGGCCGAGGAGCUUUCGGAGAGGUGCGUCUGGUGCAGAAAAAGGACACAGGCCAUGUGUACGCUAUGAAGAUCCUCCGUAAGGCUGACAUGCUGGAGAAGGAACAGGUGGGCCACAUCCGUGCCGAGAGAGACAUCCUGGUGGAGGCGGACAGCCUAUGGGUGGUCAAGAUGUUCUACAGCUUCCAGGACAAGAUGAACCUCUACCUCAUCAUGGAGUUCCUGCCUGGCGGUGACAUGAUGACCCUGCUCAUGAAGAAGGAUACUCUGACCGAGGAGGCCACUCAGUUCUACAUCGCUGAGACGGUGCUAGCCAUCGACUCCAUCCACCAACUGGGCUUCAUCCACAGAGACAUCAAACCUGACAACCUGCUACUAGACUCCAGGGGCCACGUGAAGCUGUCUGACUUUGGUCUAUGCACGGGUCUGAAGAGGGCCCAUCGUACCGAGUUUUACAAGAACCUCAACCACAGCCUACCCAGUGACUUCAGUAAGCAAACAUUCAAUAACAUGAACUCGAAGAGGAAAGCAGAGACAUGGAAGAGGAACAGGAGACAGCUGGCCUUCUCUACUGUGGGCACCCCUGAUUACAUCGCCCCAGAAGUCUUCAUGCAGAAUGGAUACAACAAGCUCUGUGAUUGGUGGAGCCUGGGAGUCAUCAUGUAUGAGAUGCUGAUAGGCUAUCCCCCGUUCUGCUCCGAGACCCCCCAGGAGACCUACAGGAAGGUGAUGAACUGGCGGGAAACGCUCACCUUUCCCCCGGAAGUGCCCAUCUCGGAGAAGGCCAAGGAUCUCAUCCUCAGGUUUUGCUGUGAAGAGGAGCACAGGAUUGGAGCCACAGGGGUGGAGGACAUCAAGGGCAACGCCUUCUUCGAAGGGGUGGACUACGACCACAUCAGAGAGAGGCCCGCUGCCAUUCCCAUCGAGAUCAAAAGCAUCGAUGACACGUCCAACUUUGACGAGUUCCCAGACUCAGAUAUCCUCCAGCCAACGGCUGCCCCUGUUGUGUCCAAUCAUUCUGAGGUGGACCUGAAGAACAAGGACUGGGUCUUCAUCAACUAUACCUACAAGCGCUUCGAGGGCCUCACAGCCCGAGGGGCCAUCCCCUCCUACAUGAAGACAGGGAAGAGAUGAAUAAUGUCUUUGUUCACUCACUCACUUUACCAGCCCCUCAGUCUGGUAUUCAAAAGAAUACACCAUGGAUCCCAACGACCACUCCUCUAGCUCCAAACUCCAAAAUGGAGAUAGCGGUCACACCAGCGGACCACACUCGACCGGUAUUCCCGCAUCCUUCACUUCCCCCUCCAUAAACAAGCUUUGAAGUCUUAGCUGAGCAGCUAACAGCAAGGGACUGGGAUCCAAUAUGCCUCGCUUUUCUGUCAAAGGGCUAGCUUUUCUCUCUUCAUUCCUUUUCUUUCUUUUUUUUUUCAAUGAGAGUUGACUGUGUUGCUCCACACUCAAUAGAAUUGUCCAUAUUUUUAGAAGUUAGUUCCUCCUAUUAAAACCUUUAGAAAUGGAGUGUCAUUUGAUGUGAACUAAUGAUCCUUUUCAGGGAUUACAUCAAUGUUUUCAAUGUGUUUUUAGAGAGCUCUCUGCUGCAGCAUCUUGGGUGCUAGUGUUUCCGACAGGUUGUCUGUUGCAACAAGGCAACUCUUAACCAAAGACGAUGAGAGCUUAGAGUAUUAUUUUAGGGUUUCAAUGUAAUUGCUUUGUCCCCAUGUAAUUGUCACUUAAAUACCAUCAAUGGUAGAGCUGUUUUUAUACAUGGAUUUAUGCAAGUGUUUAUAGCAAUAGAAUCACCUCUCUGGAAUAUGAUUCUAUUUUAAAUGGAACUACACCUCCCAGAAGCCCACUUGUUUAGAUUCAUUCUUGAUUUGACAAUCAUCCACUUUUUAAGGGUAGCAUUCAUGAGUUUUUUUCUUUCCUUUGAUUAAUUUGAUUCGCCAAUACUCUGUUAGAGUUAUUUAUAACUUUUGUGGAUAUGCAUGUCAUUUAGCUAGAGCGCCAAAUCAAAUGCAAACAUUUGGUGCACGUACCAACCCUUUUUUUGGUUUACUUUUCGAUGGACCUUUUGUGGUAGGGGAGCUAGAAGUAAGGCCAAGACAUCGAUACUCUUCUAUUUCCUCUUCUGUUUGUUCUCUCUUUCCUCAUCGUCUUUUCCUUCCUGACCACUGGCCUGUAAGGGCUUGGUAGGUCAGGUGGCAGGCAGCGCAUGUUGGUUCAGUGGAGAUGGAAGGAAUCGAAAAGGAGCACCAUUUAGAGUAUUGAGACACUCAGGGUCUGUGUACUCUGUGACCCCAGGUUCAGGUAAUUCACGUCACCUUUCACUUACUGUCUAUAGUUUCCUCUCUUGUUGUCGCUUGGCUUUUUCUUAGCAACCGUGCUUUGAGUAACCUUUUAAACAUUGCAUUUGUGUGAUGUUUUGUCAAGGAAAUGUCACCUGGAAUGUCUUUACUUUUCAAGAGGUGUGAGGGAGAAACUUUGUACCCAGGGCUAUAUGUGACUGUCCUUCAAAACAAAAUCCCAAAUGCUGUGUCAUUUGAAUCGAAUGUAAUCACGAGGUGUAGUGGCAGAUGAAUUUCAUGCCAUGUUAAUUCCAAAAUGCUGAAUAGAAUGUAGCCUAAGCCACCAAGGUGGUAGGUUUCUGUCACAUGGGGAAGAUGUCAUCUGGUCUUUUCUUCAAUCUCUGUACGGUGUUCUGGGUAGUUUAGAGUACUUGCUGAGAUUGAAUAGCCAGAUUAUUAUUUUUUAUUUUAUUUAUUUUUUUACAACUGAGGAACAACUAAUUUUGAGACUGUUCUCUAACGUUUUACUGACGCUUGAUGUCUAAAAUUAUCCUGUUGUAAUGCCAGGUUUAAAAGGUAUUGGGGCAGAUGAGGUGGCAAAGUGCAUAUGACUUUAAAUAAUUGUAUUGUUAAUUUAUGCUGCUUUGUGUGUGUGUGAGAGAUUUGGUGUCUUCAGAGGAAUGGGUGAUAUGCUCAGUAAAAAGAAGAUGUUUGAUUAACCUACACUGAAAGGGGUUAUGUUAUUUUGUAGAUGUCGCCCAACUGUGUGUAUGCUGUGCCUUCCCCCAGGCACACAGGUUGUGUGUAAAACAUGCUGUACAAACUUUAAAAAAAAUAUAUAUAUAUAUAUAUAUGGGGUUGUAUUUAAUGUGUGUCUAUUGUAUAUUUUCUGCCAUUUGACAAUUGAAUAACUAACUCUGCA